CGAGACUCCCGUACAGUAGGUGGCAGGAUAAUCCUCGGCUUUUUAUUGGAUUGCCACCUAUUAACAGGGCGAAGAAAACGUAAUAUUACUGUUGACAAGGAGGAGCAUGUAAAGAGUCUUGAUCUAAUAGUGGAGAACUGACAGGAGGUUUUACAUUAUGGAGGCUGUAGUUGACUUCCUAAAUGUAUUCCACAUGAAGGCCAGUGGCUUGUCUGUGACGCUCAGCCUCUUCCUCAUUUUUCUUGCUCUUCUCUACUGGUAUUCAGUUUACCCUUUUUCUGUCCUCUCUCGAUGCGGCAUCAAACAUCCAAAACCAGUGCCUUUCUUUGGCAACGUAUUCAUGUUUCGCCAGGGUUUUUUCAACCCCCUCAGUGAUCUUAUUAAGACACAUGGCAGAGUUUGUGGGUACUAUGUGGGUCGCAGACCAGUGGUGGUGGUAGCGGAUCCUGACAUGCUGAGACAAGUGAUGGUCAGGGACUUCAACAGCUUCCCAAACAGAAUGACUCUUCGCUUUGCCACCAAGCCUACAACUGACUGUCUGCUCAUGUUGAGGAAUGAACGCUGGAAGAGAGUGCGGAGCAUCCUGACCCCAGCGUUCAGUGCUGCCAAGAUGAAGGAGAUGGUCCCACUCAUCAACACAGCCACUGAUGCCCUGAUGAACAACCUGAAUGUUUACACUGAGUCAGCGGAGGCCUUUGACAUCCACAAGUGUUUUGGCUGCUUCACCAUGGAUGUUAUUGCCAGUGUGGCUUUUGCAACUCAGGUGGAUUCUCAGAACAACCCAGAUGACCCGUUUGUCCACCACGCACAGAUGUUCUUCUCCUUUUCUUUCUUCAGGCCCAUCAUGCUAUUUUUCCUUGCUUUUCCAUCCGUGGCGGCUCCUCUGGCGGGACUCCUCCCCAAUAAAAGACGAGAUCAGAUGAGUCAUUUCUUCAUCAACAGCAUUCAGAAGAUCAUCAAGCAGAGAGAGGAGCAGCCUCCUGAACAGAGGCGUCGAGAUUUCCUUCAGCUGAUGUUAGAUGCACGAACCAGCAAAGAGUGUGUGUCUUUGGAACAGUUUGACACAGCGAACACUGCUGAUGAGCUCGAUCAAACGAGCAAGCAGACACAACCAUCGGCCUCCGGUCAGGAGGACCGUCUUCACCCGCAGGAACCACCCACCAGGCGUCCACAGAAGAAGAUGAUGACUGAGGAUGAGAUUGUGGGUCAGGCUUUUGUCUUUCUGCUGGCAGGCUACGAGACCAGCAGCAACACGUUGGCUUUCACCUGCUACCUCCUGGCCAUCCACCCGGAGUGUCAGUGCAAAGUACAGGAAGAGGUGGAUGAGUUCUUCACCAGACAUGAGUCACCAGAUUACACAAAUGUCCAGGAACUGAAGUAUUUAGACAUGGUUAUAAGUGAAACACUGCGCCUUUACCCUCCUGGAUUCAGGUUUGCGAGAGACAUCGACCACGACUGCAUGGUGAACGGCCAGUUCCUCCCUAAAGGAGCGACGCUGGAGAUCCCAGCAGGCUUCCUCCACUACGACCCAGAGCACUGGCCAGAGCCUGAGAGGUUCAUCCCUGGGCGGUUCACACCAGAGGCCAAGGCCAGUCGACAUCCAUUUGUAUACCUGCCGUUUGGGGCUGGUCCUCGAAACUGCGUGGGAAUGAGGCUCGCCCAACUGGAAAUCAAGAUGGCUCUUGUGCGUCUGUUCCGCACGUUCAACAUCGUGGCCUGCUCUGAGACCAAGGUUCCUCUUGAGUUGAAGUCGUCGAGCACUCUAGGACCCAAGAAUGGCAUAUUUGUGAAAAUCCAAAGGAGAGACUUGGGACAAGGUCAAGCGAAUUCUUCACCAGACAAUUAGAAAGUUACUGUUCAUCUUCUUGCAUAGUAGGAAAAAAUUCUCUGAAGAGUUGCAAAGCAUCCUGACACACAGUGUGGAGUGUGUGAGUAGGCUUCACAAUUUGUUCCUUUAAAUGAAAAUAUUUCCAUAGGUAAUCUGAAUACGUUACAGGACACAGAAUACCUCGAUCGCAGUACUGGUCGUCUUGGGGAAUGAACUGGAAAGUGGACUGAAAAAAAAAAAAGAAGAAAGAGAGACGAGCAAACAAAGGAGUAGAAAUGUGUAGGACUCUCACGGACAGAACUGUCAGCUUCUUGCCCCAGUAUGCAGCAAUACUUAAACUUUGUUAUGUGUGCUUUUGAACAGGCUACAAUAUUGCUGUGUUACACAAUGUGAUUUAGGGAAAGCCUUUUUGCAUCUGAAUAAUGGUGUUAGUUUCAAUACUACCUUUCUUUCUUCUUCCUUGCACUGAUUCUUAGUUAUUAUUUACAAAUCAAAUUAAUUUGAUAUUUUAAUUGAUUUUAUUUGAUUUUUUUAUGGUCUUCACGCGUUACUGCUGUCAUUUCAGUUAACAGAAAGCAGUUGUACAGAACAAUAAUGAUGAGGGUAGCUGAUAGAACAAGUUCAGCCUGAAAUGUUAAAUGCCACAAUGCUCAUGAUCAAUUCUGUCAGCUGAACUUGAAUGUUUGCACAUUCCUGCUGUUUAACUGAGCCGCUCCCUUUUCUGCUGCUCACUUUAUAAUUCUCACACUGGAGAAUUACAGCUCACAGAUAAUUUGGAUUUUGAAUCUAUAAAAUAUUUGUGAAUAAAUAAUUCAAAUGUUUCUAUGAAACAACAUAUAUAUGCCACUUGUAUGUAAUUAAACCUUUACAUUUGGUGAUGAGAUUUCUCCUGUUGGUUUGAUCUGUUGUCAUAUAAUUACAGUGACUACUUUAAUGACAGUUUGUGUUUAUUACAUAACAAUCAGUGAAUUUCAUUCCAAAACUGAACAAGAUGAUUUGUUGCCCACAGUACCCCUUCAUUUGAACUUUAAUGAAUGACCUUUGACAGACAUUCUUUGACAGAUUACUGGCCAAAAAAAAGCAUUGUUUUCUGUUGGUAUACAGGUAAUGACUACACAGAAAAAGUUUUCCCAUUUUUUCUACUUCAUACCUAUAAUCCACUACACUUCAGAGGAUAAUAUUGUAACGUAUCAACUCAAACUGCCCAAAAGUGUAUAAGUUCACACUACCACCACCUCAAAGAUUUGCUUCUUUAAAAUGUUUCAUAACCAUUUAAUAAUCCAGCAAUUUAAUAUAUACCCUUACUGAAGCAUAAGUGAAAAAUCCAUGCUGUAAAAAUACAAUAAAAAGCCCUAUAUUCAAUAUCUCACUGAAGUAAAGGAACUGACUGCAUUCUCUAUCACUGUGAAACCCCACAAAGCCACUAGA